CCCCGCUGUGUAUACUAGUCAGCAGUCGCUCCCAUUGACAGCAGCAGUAAACAUGGCGGUAAUGAACGAGACGGAAAAACAGCUCAUAAAACACAUCAACAAAGGUAGUAUUGCAGAGUCAAAAGCCAUUCUUAGCUCUGAUGGAGUAAAUGUAAACUGUACAGAUGAGAGUGGAAUGACGCCGCUGAUGCAUGCUGCUUACAAAGGACAAAUAGAAAUAGUGGAGUUAUUGCUAGCCCAUGGAGCAGACAUCAACUCAAGAUCCCAUGAAAGUGGGUACUCAACUUUGAUGUUUGGUGCAUUAUCAGGUAAUAUUGGUGUUGUUAAGAUUCUCCUCCAAGCUGGUGCAAGUGUCAGCAAAGUUAAUGACAUUGGAAGAACUGCAGCACAGAUGGCUGCUUUUGUUGGUCACCAUGAUGUUGUCAGUUUGAUAAAUAAUUUUGUAUCAAUUGAUGACCUAAAUUAUUACACAAAGCCACAAGGUUUGGAGAAAGUAGCAAAACUGGAAAGCAAGCUUGUUCCUUCCCUGCAUCUUUUUGUCACAAUGACAAACCUCAACCCUGUCAAGCUGGUCUUGUUCCUUAAUAACCACAUGGAGCUGGUAGAAAACUACAAGGCUGUGAAUAAAGUACUGGGAUUGAAAGCAGAAUCGUGCAUCAAGCAAAGCACAAUGAAUGAAGUCAUGGCAAUGAAGAUGCACUACUUUGCCAUGAUUGUACGGACAUGUGGGCGCUGGCACGAGGGUCUGGAUGGUAAAGAUGGUAUCAAUGGCCUCAUUAAAAGCUUGAUUCGAGGACGGGCAUCAGAUGGUUUCCCAAUGGGAACAGAAGACCUGUUACGGCAGGCCAUUAGAGAGUUUGAGUACCCACAAUGCACCAUUUUCAGACAGCUUGUUGAAAGCUUAGCUAAAACAGAAAAGGGGGUGGAGCCAACAGCAUUGACAGCCUUGACCCAAGCUAUUAAUGGACUUCAAAGUGCUGAUUUUUCCAAUGCAUGCUGUGUAUGUGGGGAAAGGAGAUCUGUCAAGAAGUGUGCAGCUUGCAAAAAGGUUGGAUAUUGUUCUGUAUCAUGUCAGAAGCUACACUGGAGCACACACAAAAAGCACUGUCAAAGACUUGCGAAAGAGUAUGAGCAGGAACUUCUAAUGGAGGAGGAGAUCAAGCGCCAGGAAGAGCUUAAAGAAGAAAACGAAAAGAAAGAGAACGAAACAAGCACAAAGGAAGAACACGAGAACAUUAAUUCAGAAAAGAAAUCAGAUUUGGACAAUAUAAUAGACACCCAAGCAAAUUCAGAAGAUAUUGGACAGACAUCUGACUCAGUGAAAAAAAUAAACCUUGAUAGCUAGUCUUUCAAUAUUGUUAGUAUAAAACAUUAUAUGAAUAUUUAUAGGAAAAAUAAAUUAUCUCCAGGAAGUACUCUUCUUGUCAUGAAUGAUGCAUCCUUAAUAAACUGGGAAAACUAAA